UCAAAGCCUUCAGCAGAGAACAGGCAUUAGCAGGAAAUCAAAAAUUUCCUCGAGGCAAUAGUGUGCCUAUCAUAAAUGUAAAAAAAUAACAAAAAAAAUCCCAUCUAAAAGUGAGUGCAAUAAAAAAAGAAAUUGCACAUAGUACACGGCAAAGGAAUAGAAGAACCUGAUCCUGAAGCCUGACACUGAUCAAACAGAAAUCACUCUCAAAAUCACAACACUCUCCACCACACAAAAACAUCUCCGCUGUUUGUGGCACCAAGCACAGCUCCCCUGAACCAACAUUCAAAUAGUCAAGAGUGACUCUGGCCCCAGGUAAGGGGACACCCAGCACAUUUACAUCCCUGCACCUGCCCUGCUGCCCACAGCAGCGACACCAAAAUCCCCCCAGCAGCAGCAGCAGCUCUGUAAAGCUCCUCUUGCCAUCCCUGACAUUCCACCAACAGCAGCCACUGACCUGCCUCAGCCUCUGCUGCCACAGCCCCCUGGGCCAGCACAGCUCUGCUCCCCAGCUCACACCAUGGAAGCUUCUCCCUCUCCACAGCAAUCCAAUGUCACUUCAUAUGGGGCCACAACUGUGGCCAUCAUCACCGUGGAGGUAGUUGCUGGCAUGUGGAUAAAUGCUUUCAUCGUUUGUGUGCUUUGCAUUGCCUGGGUCAAAAAGAAAAUCCUGAACUCUAAUGAGAAGAUCUUGCUGCUGCUGGGAUGCUCCAGGUUUUGCUAUUUGUGCAUCGCCUGGGUAUAUAAAUUUCUUUCCUUUAUUUAUCCCAAUUACCUUUAUGUUCACACCAUACUUCAACUAGCUGUAUUUUUUGAAGCCUUUUUUAAUCAUUGCCACUUGUGGUUUUCUGCGUCGCUUUGUAGUUUUUAUUGUAUAAAAAUUGCCAAUUUCAGGAACAGGUCCUUCAUCUAUCUGAAAGUAAAAAUUGACAGGAUUGUGCCCUGGCUUCUCUUGGGAUCAGGGAUUUUAGCUUUGGCUGUUGGCAUCGUUGCCUAUGACAUCGCUGAUAAACCGCACUGCAACAGCAAUUCCACUGGACGAGGAAAUUUUGGGACAGCAAAUAUCAAAAUGGAUAAACAUUUUUUCCCUUCUUUUUUUCUUGCUUGA